UGCAACCCAGUGCCCAACCGCACACCAGCUGACAGAGGGGGAACAUGAAAGUUUGCAGCCUGGGGCUUUCCUGUAACAGAUUUGGAAUCGGCGUUUUUUUCAGCUUUCCUAGCCAUUCAUGUUCCAGUGAAGUAGUGAUGAAAAAUUGGACUUCUACCAGCUGGUCUUAGGACAUGGUACUCCGAAUCUUAACUUCAGAUGUAUCUCGGUAGCUGGAUCGUCCCUUUUUUUUAUAGACAAGUUGGAAAAGAACAGAGACUAGUCAGGUUUCUUGCAUUUCAGAUACACCUUGUAUGCUGUAUGACGAAGGCAUUGGAUCAAUAUCAGAAAAUAAGCAGCAGUUUCUUGUGGAACGCAACCAACUUCAUUAGUUCAGAGGUUUACAGAUUUUAUGGUGCAACCGAUGCUGAGAUAGAUGGUGCAGUAAUGAUGACAACGUUUUCAAAGACAACAGACACCAGUCUUCAUGUUGCGAACAAACGCAUGCAUUCUUUAAUAACAAUUGCUUCAGUAUGUAUUUUGGGCCAAAUGCGUCUCGCUGGUUAGCCUGCUGGUCUGUAAACCUGAGAGUCCUUUGUUCGCGUCUCUUUUCCGCAAAAUCACGCUGUACACCAUGAAAUACUGGAUGCGCUGUAACAGUAACUGUUCAAUUCCACUAUUCGAUUAGAUCAACCUGGAAGUUGGCGGUGACUGCUGUUGUUUUUAGUCUAGUCUAUUAGUUCAAAACUCGU